AUGAAGAGGAAAAGAGCUCAAGUUCCUGUGCAAGGUGAAUGUGGCCCCGGCCCUGGCCCUGGCCUUGGCCUCGGCCCCAUCAACGUGGAGAUACCCGCCGCCCAGCCCGACUUGCCCCCCGUCCCCGCCCUUGUUGUGCCUCUCGCCGCCGUCGCGCAGCCGCCGCUCGUGUCGCCGACCCCAUCAACCUCGUCGUCCGAAGCCUCUGCCUCGACACCAAGAGACCUGAUCAAGGAGACUGAGGAGAAGCUGGCGUCAGGGGAGUGGAAGACGCGGCCCAAGGAGCUGGCCAACGGCAAGCCGACGAAGAGCCCGGCGUGGGACGGCUUCCACGUGGUCGUGUGGCGGGACAACACCAAGAUAGAGGCAGGGACGGCAGUGUGUCUCGCGUGCGGGGCGGUGCUCAUAUCGUCUGGUGGACCGUCCUCGCUCAAGAAACAUGUGGAGAAGUAUUGCUCAGGCCAGUUGCACUCCGCGAGCAGCGCUCCGGGCCAAGGCUUCCGGCCGGUGUCGGCGCAACUCCGCGACGUGUUUAUCGACAAGGUGGCGGACACGUGCGCCGAGAGCAUGGGCGCCGUCCACCUGAUCACGAGCGAGGCCGUCGUGGACCUCAUGCAGACGGUGGCCGACAUUGCGGCACGCUGCAAGGGCCGCAUCGAUGUGCGAAACAUUAUGCCCCAAGCCAACACGGUCAUGAACCGCAUCGACUCGAGGGCGAAGAAGUUCGUGCAGGAGCUGGUGCCGCGCGUGAAGAAAGCCAUCGAGGACAUGCGUUGCCAGGCCGCGACCGACAUGUGGACGGACGACAACGAGAAGAAGCACUUCAUCGCCAUCACCGUGGCGUUCGUCGACGAGACGGGCAAGGCCUCAGAGACGCACGACUUGGUGGUGGCGCAGUUUCCGUCUGCAAUGAAGGCGACCGGGAGCAACAUCCUCAAGGCCAUGUAUGAUGCCAUGGAGGAGAUAGGCAUCACACGGGAGGAAUUCCGCCGCAUUGAUUGGAUUACCGACAGGGGUGCCAACAUCAAGAAGGCACUAGAGGACCUCUCCAAGGAAGACUGCGCAGCGCACCAGAUCAAUACGUGUGUCCGGAGCACCUUCACUGUCCCCUUUUACGAGCUGAGGCAGAAGGCCAUGGAGGCAUUGAGCCCAGCCGGAAAGAAGCUGCUGCAGGACAGUGAAAAUGUAGUGAGGGCAGUCAAGGCAGCAAAGCCCGACCUGAUUGUGCCAGGAGUGGCCUUGAGGGAGCUGAAGAAGGCCCUUCCACUGCCCCAACAGCAGUUCUCCUCCAACAACUGCAAAAUGCUGCAAUCGUUGCAGUCGCACAAGAAAAAGGUCCUUGCUGUUCUUGCCGCCCUUGGUCGGCAGGACCUCAUCGAGGUCCUCAACGAAGGCGACGCCUCAGACCUGAUCGGUUUCCUCGGCCCUCUUGAGAAGAAGGGCAGCGUGGCAGCUGGUGAGCUGGCCUCACUGAGGGCCCACCUUGCCGCCAAGCCAGAGGACACCGAGGAAGUCGCGGCCAUGAAGAGCAGCGUCGCCGAGUUGCGGGACCUGAUGGAGGUCCUGAUCUUGAUCAAAGAGGCCAAGGAAUUGGUCACUUACUUGAAGGCUUCGGGGCUAGCCUCCUCUCUCUCAAGAAAGGUCAUUCAAGAAUGUGAAACUCGUUGGAACUCGAUGCAUUCCAUGCUCGCAUCUGUAGACCUCAUGUAUGACGAGAUUGUGGAGUUGCUGUCUCUCCAAGAAGGGCAGGAGACACGGAUGGAGAAGAUCGACAGGGAGAUGCUACAGUGGCUCAUUAGUUUCCUUCAAGAGUUUAAGGAGGAAACUAAAACUCUUGAAGGAGACAACAGGAACCACCCCACUCUCCCGUACGUCCUUCUCGUGUCUACUGGCCUCAGGGACCACUGCCUGCCCUCUCCUGAUGACAGCCAUCACCUUGCUGUCAUCAAGGAGAGGUGCUUGGUGUUCCUUGGAGCGAAGUUUCAGCCCAGCAUGAAGGCCAAGGUCGCAAAUUUUUUGUGGCCUGACUUCAAGGAACUAUCGAUGCUGCCUGAGGAGGAGAAGGAGGAGGUCAAGGCCCAUGUCCGAUCUCUGAUUGAUGGCGAUGCUGAUGGCGGCACGGGCGCUGUGAACCCCGAUGACACCGACACCCCUCCAUCCCCUCCGAAGGCCAGGCGCCUCGACACGAAGUACAAUCGUUACCGUCAGGCCGCCAUCCCCAACACACCGCAGGAUGAGGUGUCCAGGUACCUGGCCACGAAUGUGGCUCCAGUACCAGCUGAACUCCUCCUGGAGCACUGGAGACUAUUGGACCGACCAGACGGUUUCCCAAAGUUGGCCAAAUUAGCCCUGCGAGAGCUGGGAAAACUGGCCACUGCCGCAACAAGCGAGAGAGUGUGGUCCAAGGCGGGCUUUAUUUUGAACUCGAGGAGAAACAGGCUGAGUGCUGGACACCUUAGCUCCAUGGUCUUUUUGGCCUCUUACCUAAGAUUCCUUAGAAGGAAAAAUAAAUAAAAUUUAUGUUACAAUCUAAACUGCAUA